GGGAGGGCGGCGGUAAUGACGACCAGGGUUGACGGGCCCACCUCGGCAGUGACUCCUCGUUCUCUUGCCGCUGUCGCUGCCGUCGCCACCAAGCCCUUGUCAGAUUCAUCAUGAGAGGAGACAUAACCCUCAAAAAAAAAAAUCUGGAUCAAAGGAAAAGCAGUCCAAGGCCAUGCAAGCCAACUGUAGCCACCUUCACAACCUGCCAGGAACUGGAGGUAGUGAGACUGCCCCAGCUUCUCAUUGUGCCCAUACUGUAAGAAUGACUGGUGAAGGUUCUUGCCAUCAUACUGGAGACAUUCACAUCCAGAUAAGCUCUGUACCUGGAGAGUGUGGUGAAAGUCCCACUCCCAGAAACUUAAGGUCUGGUUCCCAAAGCAAUACUCAGGGCUGCCUACACAGUCGAUUAAGGAGUCACUCACAUAAUGAAGCAAGACAACCUGAUGAUGCUACCAUGGAGCCAGGAGAAAAUGGCAGCAGCUCUAUCUCCGAGUUCCGAUAUCUCUUCCAGUGGUUGCAGAAAAGUCUUCCAUAUAUUUUAAUUUUGUGUGUCAAACUUGUAAUGCAGCAUAUAACAGGCAUUUCUCUUGGAAUUGGGCUGCUAACAACUUUUAUGUAUGCAAACAAAAGCAUUGUAAAUCAGGUUUUUCUAAGAGAAAGGUGCUCAAAGGUACAGUGCGCUUGUUUACUGGUGUUCUUAGCAGGAUCUUCUGUUCUCUUGUAUUAUACCUUUCAGUCUCAAUCACUUUAUUACAGCUUAAUCUUUUUAAAUCCUACUUUGGAUUUUUUGAGCUUCUGGGAGGUACUCUGGAUUGUGGGAAUUACAGACUUCAUCCUUAAAUUCCUCUUCAUGGGCUUCAAAUGCCUUAUUUUGUUGGUGCCUUCUUUUGUGAUGUCUUUUAAAUCCAAGGGCUAUUGGUAUAUGCUCAUAGAAGAACUGUGCCAGUAUUAUCGAACAUUUGUUCCUAUUCCAGUUUGGUUUCGUUAUCUUGUUAGCUAUGGGGACUUAGGAGGCAGUGUAACAGGAUGGAGUCUUGGGAUUCUGCUGGGUCUACUCUACCUCAUUCUAAAACUUCUAGACUUUUUUGGGCAUCUGAGAACUUUCAGGCGGGCUUUACGGAUAUUUUUAACACGACCAAGUUAUGGGGUGACAGCCUCCAAAAGACAGUGUUCAGAAGCUGAUGAUCUCUGUUCUAUCUGCCAGGCUGAAUUCCAGAAGCCUAUCCUUCUCAUCUGUCAGCAUAUAUUUUGUGAAGAGUGUAUCACGUUAUGGUUUAAUAGAGAGAAAACAUGUCCACUUUGCAGAACUGUUAUUUCAGACCAUGUAAACAAAUGGAAAGAUGGAGCCACUUCAUCACAUCUUCAGAUUUAUUAAAUCCUGUCAACUGCUAUUUGGUGUUUAUAAGAUGCUGGUUUUCAUUUGAUGUUUUAAUGGGGGUACGUUUAUAACUGAAUUUUCAAUGGAUUUCCAGUGAUUUUAGUUCAAAACUAACCUUAAGCAUCCAAAUCAGACAUUUUAGACUAUUAGAAAAAAGUUAAAAGAAAAUUCUGUCUACAGACAUGAAAUUUUAAGAAUUAAAUGGGUAAAAAACAACCCUGUGUUAUUUUGACUUUUCUUCUAAUUCAAUGUUGUUCAAACAACACAUUUUUAUUCUAGUGUUUGUGUAUAAUUAAAAAUGUGUGUAGUGAUAAAUUGUUUAGACAUUCUCAAUAUGUAGUUGAACUACUAGUAGUUUAUUUUGAGGAACUCAGGCAUUGUUUUCUGCUAGAAUCAAAAUCUUAUUUUUUCAUGGUUUUAAGGUACAUGUAUAUACAACAAUUCUAACUUUCUAGAAAGCAUUGACUUUUAUAAACCCAAAUCUAAAUUAUUCCUAGAAUUCUUAUACCAUCAUGAGGCAUUUCAAUGUAUUUUUCCUGUGUUGGCUUUUAAGAAUAAUGGGAAUAAUUCCUAUAGAAUAUUUUAUAAAAUUUGUAUUUUUAAUAAAAUUCUAAAUGCUUUAUUUUGUCUAAAUAAGAUUUUCUAAGUCAAAGGAAUUGACAUGGAGAGAUAUGUAUUAAACUGUAUUGUUAACUGUUGCUGUGACUAGCAAUCAGUGAGAAUAAAUGAAAUUUUACUAAUUUUGGUGGGCCUUAUGCAAGCAUGCUGCUUGUCAACUUGUGUUUAUUAUUUUUGUUUCUAGUAUUUUGGGCCAUCUUACACAGUUAACAAUAUAAUUUGCUGAUUAUGAAGGCUUUUUUACACCAAGAGCAAAUAUGAUAAACUUAACCUGAAUCCAAAAGGAUUAUUCUUCAUUAUGUAUUUACUUUAAAAUAAGAGGAAUAAUUUUGUGGCUUAUUUUUCUUUUAUCCGUUUUUUUAAAAGAACUACCCUUGUAGUUUUUUGAGGCUACUAUGCCUUUGGGUGGUGGUGGUGGGGGGGGGAAUGGCAUUCCUUCAUUAGUAGUUACUAUCCAGAUUUAGGGUAUUACUUUGUUUCUUAUUAUAUAGUUACACAAAGGCUGAUAUUUUCUUUGCCUUAACUUGGUCAAUAUAUUAAAGGAAAGAAUAUUUGGCUUCUCUACUUCCCUGAGAAAGUGGCAUUGAAGUGUUGUCAAAUGAAUCAGAUCUAAAUAAAUGUUAAAAUUGUCACCUUAUAUUGAACUAUUGGGCUGAUUCUCAGUUAUGCUUUCAUUACUCUUGGAAGAAAGGUCAAUGAAAGAACCAAGUUUCUAUUUUAUGCAGAAUACAUUUGUCUGAAAAGUCCAACGUUGUGUCAAAUUAUUUUCCCUUUGGUAAAAAUCAGAAGAAAUUUCCAUUUUUCCUGCUACAAAUUCAUGAAGUGUUUUAUGAUUUCUAUAAAAGCAGCACACCAUAUUGCAUCACUAUAUUUCAAUAGGUUUUUUUUUCCGAUGUUGGCUUUUAAGUCAAAUUUCUGUAAAUUUUCUAGUUUAAAAGCUUUAGGGAAUGAAUUAAAUCUUCCUCUGAAAGUUUACUGAAACUGUGCUUUAAUUAGCAUUUAAUUAGAGCUUGUACCCAUAGUGACUCUUAAAUUACAGUAUGCCUUACACUGGGCAGAGAAGCUUCUUGCCUUCCUACAGUUCACCCUAAAAGUUUGCUACAAGCUGGUAUGGAUCUGUGCUACCAGCUAAAGCUUUAGAACUGCCAGUUUUUAACAGCCAGUAUUUUCUUAGCAUAUUCCCCUGUCUGUACCACUGAUUGGUGUGGGUAGCCCUAAGGAAGAAAGGAAUGUAAAAAAAAUUGCACAUUAAGAUUAGAUUGGGCUGAUGAAGGUGCAUCAACUGGAUCAAAGGUUCUUAACCUGAGAUACAUGAAUAUUUUUUAAAAGAAUAUUUUGAUGACUAUCAAUAUAAUAAUUUUCCUUUGUAAUCCUCUUUGUAUGUUAUACACAUAAGAACAUUAUUAUGAGGAGGGAUCCAAAAGGGUUCAUGACACAAAAAAAGCUAAGAAGCCCUGAGUUGGAUUGUGUGGAUUGUUCAUAGAAAAGAUGUGUAUCAACAGGGGGAGUUUACAGUGGAACAGAUACCAUAGUUAUUCUAAUUCCUAAUUUCUGCCUAGAAGCUCCUUUCCCCUUGUUAAAAUUACUAUUUUAAUGCCUUACCUUAAAAACACUACUGCCCUUUUUUCCCUUCAGUAAUGAUUUUUCUCCCAAUUGGAAUUCACACUUUGUGCUACCUUUGCACUUGUAUAAUGUUUUAUAUUAUAGUUAUUUGUGUCUCAGCCCCCUCCUAGACUGUAAGCUCUUUGAGGGCAGGGACUGUGCCUUAUCUAAACAGCUUAGAAUGUAGUAGCUCAGCGCUAUUACACAGGUGAUUAAUAAAUGUUUGAAUUGAAGCCAGUUUGGAACUAAAAAAACUGUGCACAACAGAUGAUUUAAUGUUGUUUUUAACUUUUCCUGGUUUAGAAAGCACCACAACAGUAUCCAUAAUGCAACUAAAUCCCAAGAUACUCCAGUUCUGUAAAAAAAGGAACUCUCAAUAAUUACAACCUAUAGCUAGCUAUAUUUGGCUUGCUAAAACAACUGUUAAAACAGAAUGGAUGGGACACAGGGCCAUAAACACACUAGUGAAGUAGAAGCACUCAAUGAUAACCAUCCCUUAGGAGAAUGUUGAAAGUACGGAAGAGCUAGAGUACAUGCUCUGAAACAAAGCCUGCUUCAUCAGACUUGCUCAGGAAAUUUUCUCUCCCAACACAAACAUUAUGAAGGCCUCCAUUAUUUCAGAAAAAGGUAUAAUACCAUAUCAGUAAGAGAACUAUUAAAAAAGCAAGCUAUUAAAAACUCCCUCUACAGGAUGUCAUGUGUGUAACCCUGUCAUUCACUGGAAAUCUGACUACUAAGACUGCCCAAGGUUUGUUCUAUUUAUACAAACAACCCCUAGAAAAGCACAGGAAGUUCCUUUUCUCUAUAGCUAUGAUCUGUUUCCCCAAGGUCUCAUUCCCGAUGCAUCUUAUUUUUAACUUUAUUUUGCUUACAUUUAUAUUACUCUAUUCUUGUCCAGACCACAGUCUUUUAAGAUUGUAUCUUCAAAGUGUCGCUUCUCUUCCUUGAUAAAAGUGAUAAACCUACAUUUUGGACUUUGCUGAACAUUGUUUUAUCCUUAUUAAACUGUAAACUCCUUAAA